UUCCCCCCGCUAGUUUCUAUAGUGGACCCGGCAGAUCCCAUCGCUCGCGCAAUCGUUAAAAGUUUUAUAGACGGAGAAGGUUCGUUUUCGGGAGACGUUUUCAAGUCAAAAGUGGAAUUUUUCUGUGGAAUUUUUUUUUUAUUGGAUUGUUACCAUGAGCAACUUCGAACUUUUCACCGAAGACAAACUCGAGUACUGUUUCUUCCCGAACAGUUCUGGAUUUGUCCAGUUCAGGGUUAAGGCGCCCCACGACGCCCAUGUGGCCCUCAGUACUCAAGCCGCAGAGGUUGAUCCCAUGUACGAGAUUUUCCUCGGGGGAUGGGGUAAUACCAAGUCGAUCAUCCGUAAAAACAGAACUAAACCAGAUGUUGCCGAGAUUCCGACCCCGAACAUCCUGAGCGACGGCGAGUUCCGGGGCUUCUGGAUCCGUUGGGAAAACGGCGUGAUCACCGUCGGUCGCGAAAAUGACGCGGUACCAUUCUUGUCCUUUAACGAUAGCGAACAGAUACCGAUCGAGUACGUGGGCAUCUGUACCGGUUGGGGCGCCACUGGAAACUGGGUGGUCCAACCAGCUGGAGCAGCCUCUGCUCCUCCGGCCUCAGGUGGUAGAGGGGGAAUGGCUGGUGGACAAUGCUGGGUUCCGGCUAGUUCCGGACAAGUACCGCCAAGUGCCUUCGCGGGCGGCGAGGACAAUGGCGAACCCCUGUACGUCAUUAGAGCGAAUUUCAAUGGCGGCUUGAUUCCUGGCAAACUGGUGCCCAGUCACGGACAAGCGUACGUUGCUUGGGGUGGUGCCGAGAACCCUGUACAAGAAUACGAGGUACUUUGCGACUUCCCUGGCCAAUGGUUGGCCACUUCUGGAGGCAACAUUCCACCCAACGCAGUGCCGGCGGGGCAAUCCGAAGACGGCGAGGCCCUCUUCAUAGGCAGGGUGGUCCACGAUGGGGCUCUCACCGUAGGCAAGAUCCAGCCGAGCCACGGAGUCCUGUACAUCCCGUACGGCGGCCAGGAACUCUCCUUCCAGGACUACGAGGUACUUUGCUCGUAGAUUUCUUCGUAUAUACAUUGGACUGACUGUACUGGCUUCCGGCUGCCUUCUAGACUACGAUAGUCAGCGAUUUAAGGCAUUUAGGUGUGCUACUGUGCGCAUAAAUAUUGAAUGUGGCUUUUAGGUGGCCUUAUUAAUUAUUAAAAUUUACAAUUUAUUUUGGGAUAUUUUAUACGAGUUAUUGCACCAAAAAGAAAAAAAAUUAUCUUCUAUACAGCUAAAUAAGUGUUUUACUGCAUGUAUAAGAAUCUCUAUAUAUAAUCGUUUGUUAUAGAAUUUAUUUUAUUUAUUUAAUUUUUAUGAGCUUUAGAAGUCUGGAAAUGUACUACUGUUGUUACAAAUCGAAUAAAUACUAUUUUAAGGA